AGACAUGCAUUCGUGGAACCUUCCUUGCGAGGACACCGGCAUGAAUUGACAGCUUCGGAGCAGCCGGAUGUCAGCGCGCCCCCUGCCUUAAUAUACUACGGAGUAUAUUACGGCGUAGAGCCACAUGGAGGCCAGAUUCUAGAAUGUGGAGGCCACAGCUGACCAUUCUUAUUAAUCUGAGCGGCUGUUGGCAAUUCCGGGGUUCAAUCUUCCCCCAAAUCCCCACACUGCACGCUGGCAGACGCUGUCCGUUUACCCGCCCCCAGGCUCAACGAAAUCCCGCAAUGAUGCAGCCAGCCAGUCAUGUCGCGUUUUCGUCCAGUCUGGGGUCUCUCCGGUCUCUCCGCGUUAUCCUAGUGAACUGGAGAAUCUCCGCCUCGACUGUCCAUCAAGAACGUUCUUCCCCGCUUACUAAAGACCAUGGAAGAGUCCUUAGCUCUGGCUCCAGUUUGCCACUAACCUACUCCAUACCCCAUCUCCGGACUUCCUCCCCAUUAGACGUACGGACUAUGCAACGGGAUUCACGACUAUCAACCCGGGGUCUGCGACUGGUCGUGUGACAUAAUGAUAUUAUCUCCAGCGUUGUCCUGUGGCUAGAAUAGUCGGCCUUGACGGGGCGGGACUAACUAACUGGGAUUGUUCUUUGUUGUCUAGUCCGAGAAACCAU